AUGGCAGAAAGGCCGCCGGAGGAGGAGAAGCCGGCUGAGACAUACCCGAUUAUGGCGCUGGCCCAGAAGAGGACCAUGCUCAUGAGCGAAGGCUGCCCUGAUCGUGAGCGCAUUCGAGCCGAGAUGCUGGCUACGGUGCGGGAGAAAGGUAUGCUCCCCUACUACGAGAAAUACCUCUGCCCUGGAGUCGUGGGCCCGCCAGACGAGGGCCUCAAGGCGCAAUUGCAGAAGCAGAACGAAGAGGAGCAAGCAAAGCUCGAGGAGAAGAUAAAGGAUGCCAAAGAAAAUUUGGGCGACAUCGAGAUUCGCGAUGCUCUCCUCGCCAAAGCGACCUUCUUCAACCGAAUUGGGGACAAGGAUCAGGCCAUCAAAGGCUACGAGGAAGCAUUUGCAAAGACGGUGGGAGUCGGCGCGAAGCUGGACAACAUCCUCACUGUCAUCCGAAUUGCUUUUUUCUUCGACGAUACCGCCCUGAUGAAGAAGCACAUCGAUCGCGCCAAAACAGAGCUGGGGAAAGGAGGUGACUGGGAGCGGCGAAAUAAGCUCAAGGUCUAUGAGGGCAUCUACUUGAUGAUCUCCAGGAACUGGAAGGAGGCGGCAAAGCUUUUCCUGAACGUCAUGCCAACGUUCACAGCCACAGAGCUUGUGGAAUUCAAGGACUUCGUCUUCUAUGCUGUUAUAGUCGCCAUGGUGUCCAUGGAUCGGCCAACCGUGCGAAAUCAGCUGGUGAGUAGCCCCGAGGUCUUAAGCGUCAUCAAGGAGACGCCGAACCUCCAGGAGUUCCUUGAGUCUUACUUCUAUUGUCGGUACAAGGAGUUCAUGAAGUCCUUCGUGCCUGUCGUGGACCUCAUCAGAGCAGAUAGGUACCUCAUGAGGCACGUGAAGUACUUUAUGCGGAUGAUGAGGCUCAACGCGUACAGGCAGUUCCUCGCCUCGUACAGAUCAGUGAAGUUGGAGGCCAUGGCCAGCGAGUUUGGGGUCUCCGCCCACUUCAUUGACAAUGAGCUUUCGUCCUUCAUUUCCUCCGGCAAGCUCACCUGCAAGAUCGAUAAAGUUGCCGGCGUUGUGGAGUCGAACGAAUCCGACUCCCGAAGCCAGGUCUACGUGGAGAUCAUCAAGCAGGGUGAUCUUCUGCUCAACAAGAUGCAGAAGCUCUCAGGCGUCAUCGAUAUGUAG